AUGAGCGAUCGAGCUGCUCUCCGAAACAGGAUUCUCCCAGCGCUUCACCAGCCUGGCCAACUCUGCGGUGGCCGCCCCUGUCACCAGGUUUUCAGGGACCAUAUUGCACCAUGCAAAUAUAAUACCACUGCGGCACUGGAGAAAUAUCUCAACAAGGCCCUGGAGUUAUAUCAACGCCCCAAGCUCAAGCGUCUUCCUGAACUCUCAAUAUCGAAUGAGAAGCUAGUUCUCACUCAGUCCGAUAUGUACGCGUGCAAUUUUGGCGUUGACACGGCCGGAAAUCCCGUCGUAUUGGACUUCCAACAAAUCUGCUGGUUGCCUGAAUCGCUCGAGCUUUAUACUCUAUUACGGACUACGGGUUUCGCCUGGCUCGUCGCGGAGCAGUUGUAUACGGCCGACGAAUGUAGAGCUUUAGCCUCUCGCAGCGAUUUAUAUGAAGAGUUGGAGUCGAGAAUCCGCAAAACUAGGAAAAUGCACGUGCCCAUCAGAAACUCGUUUGUCUACCACCGACAAGUUCCAUCCAUCUCGAGUGGCACGAAUGCCAUGAGUCCCGGUAAAGCGAGCGGCAUCCGUGCCAUUGACAAGAGCUCCAUCCACCAUAUCACCUCCGGCCAAGUUGUCAUUGACCUACAAACCGCCGUCAAGGACUCAUACUUCCACAUUCUCACUGACUUCCCUAUAGACAUUCGCUUCAAGAAUCAUGGCCUAAAUUCGAUUGAGGUGGUGGACAAUGGGGGUGGGAUCGAGGAGGGCGACUGGGAUGCUAUAGGCCUGAAGCACCAUACUUCGAAACUGGCUACUCUCGCGGACCUCGACACAGUACAAACAUUCGGUUUUCGUGGAGAAGCCCUUUCCUCCCUUUGCGCGUUGUGCGAGUCAGUCACCGUGUCCACGACCACGAAGCCGCCUAUGGGGACCACCAUCGAUCUUGACUCCACCGGGAAAGUCAAGGGCAAGAGCAAAACCGCCAGACAACGUGGAACAACAGUAACACUACACAAACUGUUCUCCCCGCUUCCCGUUAGACGGAAAGAGCUGGAGAGACACGCGAAACGAGAGUUUGGGAAGGCGGUGGCGCUUCUGCAUGCAUAUGCUCUGGGCCCCUGUGCACGAAAGGGCGUCAAGAUGGCGGUAAGCAACCAGCCAGACAAAGGCCAGAAAUCUACACAAUUCCGGACGAGUGGGACCCAAAGCAUUCGCGAUGUUGUAACAGCAGUAUGGGGGACGCGAGCGUUGGACAACAUUGUCGAUCUCGACAUCACAUUCGCGAUCGAGCGCGACAAGCAUGCAGUCAAGCGUCUCUCCACCAAGACCUCAACCGCAUGCCAAACCCCAAUCCAGGCGUCAUUACGUGGACUUGUUUCCGCUUUUGCGCCUGGCUCUGGACGUCCAGGGCCCGACCGACAAGUCUUCUACGUCAACGGCCGACCGUGCUUACUCCCCAAAGUUCAAAAGACCAUAACAGAGGUUUAUCGGACCUUUAAUGCCCCUGGCACGCAAGCUCCCGUGGUCAUUGCAGAUUUGGUGCUACCAACAGACGCUUACGAUGUCAAUGUGUCCCCCGACAAGCGAACGAUAUACGUUCACCAUGAAAUCGGGCUCGUUGAAGGGCUCAAGGCGGCUCUGGAGGCAGCUUUCGCCCCGGGUCGAUCUACAUUUGGCGUUUCGUCAACCCAAAGUAAUACUCCGGAAGCCCGGGCACCAGAUAGAACCAGAACUCGGCCGAAAAGUGAGGGACACAGCCGCAACGAGCCUAUUUUGUUGGAUAAUGAAGAAGAUAGCGAUGAGGAGGGGGAUGAAGAUGAAGAAGAUGAAGAGGAGCAUCCAGAUUUACUGCAUCAUCUAGAGGGUGGCGCUAAGGCUCCGCGGGGAAAAGACAGCCAGGCCACGACCAACGAUAGUCCCUUCCUCAAGCCCAUCUCGACUGCAGCUACUUCGGCGCGUAAUACUAAAACGACAACAAAGGCCUCGACAUCUUCGAAGGCAACUGGCAAAUCCCUGCAAACGAAACUGCCAUUUGCAUCCGCCACCGUCAAAACGAAUGCUUCGAGUUCGACAUCGCGAGUUGUGGUUCCGACUCCAGCGACAGACAACCAACGAGCGCUACAAACUCCUUCUGCAACAGGCUCCUCACGAGUGAGCUCACCGGAUUCUGAACCCGAGGGCAAUGAUGAGUCAAUCGUGACGUUGGAGAUGGACACCUCCCAAACAACUUGGGGCCGGGCAUUGGGUCUAGAGAGUAGGACGAAGCGGAAAGAAAGCUCCCCGUUGGGGUCGGAAGAAAAGGAUGAAGGUGACUCCGAGAGACCUUUGAAGCGACAAAAGUCGGAAUUUUCGGAAUCUUACGAUGAUCUGGACCCCGAAGAACAAGAAGAGAUGGAGCUUGACCCUGAGGCGGAUACUGAGGAGACAGCCUCUUCCCCACAUCCCGCCCUUACGAAACAGACAACUAUGUCGUCGAGUCAACAGCCAAGAACGCCUUCUGCAACGCAAAAAGGACCGCGGCAGCAGCUGAGGACGAUGCUCGCUACCUUUGCUGGUCCUGCAGCGAGUCAAAAGAAACGAGCGGUUUCAGAGGAAGGGGAGGAUGAACUUCAAUCUAGUGAGGAGGAGGAGGAAAAUGGAGAUGGACAGCAACAUAUAGAGGUCGACGAUGAAACCCAAUCUUCUCAGCUCAUUGAUUUGAGCAUGGAUAAUGACUCGGACGAUGAUGAAGAAACGACUCCAUUCAACCCAUCCACUCCUACCCGUGCUAGCGCACCAGUCCUCCGCCCAGAAGUUGUCCGCACUCUUGACGAAGAUGGGACGGGAGAGAUGGUCUUGCGAGUCGAGCUCGAUAACGUCAUAGCUCGCUGGGAGAGGUUAAAGAUGGAGUUGCAGAAUAAUGGGGAACAGGACGUUAUGCCCAACAUUACCAAUCCACACGAAAUCCUGAAAGCAGCUGGACUCGGCAGUGGAGCCGCUGACAUCGAUUUCGCUGCUCAAGCACUUUCGCGGACGAUCAACAAGUCUGACUUUGCUUCGAUGGACAUUCUCGGGCAGUUCAAUCUUGGCUUCGUGGUCGUUCGACGGCAAGUUGCUGCAAGUGCGGAGUCUCCGGCGAUGGACGACCUGUUUAUCGUUGAUCAACAUGCUGCUGACGAAAAGUACAAUUUCGAGACUUUGCAGCAAACGACGCGGAUCAAGUCGCAGAAGCUAUUUAGACCACGACCGCUGGAAUUGACGGCAAGUGACGAGAUGCUUGCGUUGGAGAAAAUCGAGGUGUUGCGGCAGAAUGGGUUUGAGGUCGAGGUUCAGACGGAGGCUGUCGAACUUGGGGAUGAAGAAGAAGCGGUGGAGACGCCAGCAACGACUCCUAAGCUGGCACCUCGAGGAGCUGAUUCACCGUAUGCGGGACGCCCCCGCCGGCACGACUCCUCGCUGCGCGAAAGCCCGAGCAAUGUUUGCCAUGCGGGCCUGUCGGAAAAGUGUGAUGAUUGGGAUGCCGCUGACCGUGUCGCAAAUGACCUCGGUUGUGCGACAUAUGGGGACGAUGGACCAGCCGUGGAACUGCCCUCAUGGGCGACCGACAAUGCGCCAUCUGGUGGAUAUUCAGCCGAGUAAUUUAGUGCGGAAAAGGGGCGUGAAUUGGGAGGAUUUUUCUUGA